AUGGGAACAUCAACUGCCAAUGUUGUUGAGAUUCUUGCCUUGCUCAUUCUACUUCAAAGCGUUUCCUCCUUCUGCAAUGGAGAUAAUUUCAAUGGAAGCUGUAUCAAGACUGAAAGAGAAGCUCUUGUGAAGUUCAAGUCAAGCCUCCUCAACAAUUCAAACUCGUUGCCUUCAUGGGUGGGAGAUGAUUGCUGCAGAUGGCACGGAGUCACUUGCGAUGACAUAACCGGUCAUGUAGUUAAGCUCGUUCUUUCUCGGGCGUCCAUCAUGGGAAACAUUUCCCUUCAUCUUGGAAAUCUUUCAAACUUGCAGUAUCUUGAUCUCAGUUGGAAUCAUGAUCUCAGUGUGAAUCCUUCAUUGGCAAUCCACAGCCUCCAUUUUCCAUCUUCUUUGAAAUACUUGUACUUGUCGUACGUGGUCCUGGACAAGUGUGACAAUUGGUUGCAGUCAAUAAACAUGCUUCCUUCUUUAAUAGAAUUAGAAUUGUGGAAUUGUGAGCUUUCCAUCAUUGGUGAUGUUUCACAUGUCAAUUUUACAUCUCUUGAGGUUCUCGACCUUGGAAUUAACAACUUCCAUUCCACAAUCCCAAGCUGGUUAUAUAAUAUUACCAAACUUCGACAUCUUGUUCUACAGUCUAGUGCUUUCCGAGGGUCUCUUUCCACUGAUAUCAGUAAUCUUAAUUCUCUUGCUUCCCUUUAUGCGGGUUCUAAUUCUUUGCAAAGCAACGUACCCAACACGUUAAACAGGCUUUGCAAUUUGAUUGAGCUAGACUUGGGUUACAACAAGUUCAGCGGUGAGAUUUCCGGAACUUUUGGCAACUCAUCCGGUUGCAUCAAGAACAGUUUAGAGAAUCUGUAUCUUUUAAACAAUUCCUUUUCUGGUAGUAUUCCAGAUAAUUUGGGACAAUUUAAACGCCUGAAAGUCCUUUUUCUUUCUAAAAACUCUUUCUGGGGUUCAAUUCCUGAAUCCCUUGGACAGCUUUACAACCUUGAAAGACUAGGUUUGAGUCAGAAUUCAUUGCAUGGGAAAGUUUCUGAACUUCACUUGUUAAACCUGAGAAGCUUGAUUGAGUUGAGUAUGGGUGGGAAUUCUUUAGUUUUUGAUAUAGAUCCCGAAUGGAUACCUCCUUUUCAACUUGACUCGAUUGAUUUAUCAUCUUGUGAAGUAGGGCCUUCGUUUCCAGAGUGGCUCAAAACACAAAAGAGCAUUAGAUUUUUAGAAAUGUCUAAUGCAAGCAUCUCAGAUAACAUCCCUGACUGGUUUGAAAAUAUUUCUUCCAAUAUAGUAGGAUUGGUUUUAUCUUAUAAUCAGUUGUUUGGGACCUUGCCAACUUUCAGAAAACUGAACACAACUUAUGCUAACGAAUAUAGGAUCAUAUUGUUGAAAUCUAACCAGUUUGAUGGUUUUUUAAGCUGUUCUCAUUUUGAUGCAACCAUAUUGGAUAUCUCCAACAACUUGCUCCACGGCCAGAUUCCCCAGAAUCUCAGUGAAAUGAUGCCAAGUCUGCAACUCUUAUCCCUCUCCAACAACUACUUGAAUGGUACCGUUCCAGCUACUUUAUGCAGGAGUGGAUCUUUACAAAUUCUUGAUCUUUCGAAUAAUCAUCUAUCAGGAAGAAUACCUUCAUGUUGGGGAAAUUUGCCAAGUUUAACUGUGAUUGAUUUUUCAACUUAUUGA